AUGGCCUCACGCUCCCGCUCAACCUCCCACAGCCGCCUAACCCCCAGUCGACGCCCGCAGCACAAGAAAUACCGACUCAAAGUUACAGCAGGCACUCAAUAUGACCCAUCAACGCACCAAUUGGUUCCCGUGAACGGCGACGAAACGGUACGCAUAGACAAUGACCUUGCGACGGUGAGCUUGGCUGUUAGGAUCCAGGAUUAUAACGGCUACCCCGACACCUCCCCAACAACCCACCCCAUCUUCACCCACCCGUCCCACACAACAGAUCAAUACUCCCUAACCUUCAGCAUAAUCUUCAAAAAACCGGUCAACGGCAACGCCCUCCUCUUUGGCCACGACUUCGACCGCCCCAUCCGCGAUCGCCUACCCCCCGGCUUCAAUACCGCCCUCAGACUGGUAAAAUGGUCCAUCGACCCGUCCAUGGAUGGCGACGCGUACGCGGAUAAACCGUAUUUAUUCAGCCCUGCGUUGGCAUCGUGGAAUCAGUUCCGGGUUGGGAGAAAGGUGAAGAGUGGGGAUGAGGUGCCGAGGGUUAAUGGGGUUGUUGUGCAGGAGGGGGAUGAGGGGGGUGAUGCGAGGGAACAGAGGGAGAGGUGUAAGGUGCCUGGGGAGGCGGGGGAGAGGAUGAAAUUUUUUCAGGGGGAGGAAGAGAGGAAGGGGUUUGUGUUUGAGGAGGGGAGGGUUUAUCAGAUUGGAUUUGGGAAUCCGUAUUUGGUUUUUAACGAUUUCUCGUUGCGGUUGCCUGGGUUUACGCUUCAUGCUAUUAAGUAUGUGGAUGAGAGGAAUCAUGAUCUGCGGUAUGUUCUGAAGAAUCGGGAGACAGGGGAGGUUUACCUUGUUAUAUUGUUUACUCUUGUUCUGGUUGGGACGGAGCAGGAGAAGGACCAUAUAAAGGAGGCUGAAGAAGGGACUACGGAAACGAAGGAAAAGGAUGAGAACUUGGGGAAGGUUGGUUGGGAAGCAUAG